AUGGCGCAGGCCCAGCCGGGCGAGGCCACUGCCCGGCCUGCCAAACAGAACGGAACAGAGAAGGCCAGAGAGGGCUCGCCCGGGAGGCAGGACAGAGAGCCGCCCACACCGAGGAUUCUGGGAGGAAAGAAGAGCCCCUUGUCCACGCCGCGCUGGGCCAAAAGGGUGACCACAACAAAGACACCUACCCCAACCGAUCAGAACAAGGUGCUGUCCACUUCAGCAGGCCCUAAGGGGUCAGUUCCCUCCCCGAGGAGCAGCCGAGAGGGGAAAAGCACAGCGGCCAUCCAGAAAGUGAGCCCCACCCACAGAGUGGGCAGCAAGACCCCCACAGCCAAGCCAAGGGUAAAGCCGAAGGACCCCACCCCCAAGGAAGAAGCCAGGCUUCAGAGUCCCACCUCACAGAGGCCCCUAGAGCUGAAGGCCGCCAACUUCAAGUCUGAGCCUCGGUGGGAUUUUGAGGACAAAUAUAGCCUGGAAGUGGGGGGCUUACAGACGACCUGCCCCGACUCCGUGAAGGUCAAAGCCUUCCUGUCUCCCUGGCUACAGCAUCUCUUCAUAGCCAACCUCACCCUCUUCCUGGACUCGGGGUGCUUCACCCCGAGCGAGUGGGCUCGCCUGGAGCAUUUCUCACCCCCCUUUGGCUUCAUGGAGCUCAACUACUCCUUGGUGCAGAAGGUGGUGGCCCACUUCCCCCCGGUGCCCCAGCAGCAGCUGCUCCUGGCCAGCCACCCUGCUGGGGAGGCGCAGUGCGUCAGCUGUGCUGUGGUGGGCAACGGUGGCAUUCUGAACAACUCCGGGGUAGGCUCUGAGAUAGACAGCCACGACUACGUGUUCCGGCUGAGCGGAGCUCUCAUUAAGGGUUACGAACACGACGUGGGCACUCGGACGUCCUUCUACGGCUUCACCGCCUUCUCGCUGGUGCAGUCCCUCUACCUGCUGGGCCGCCUGGGCUUCCAGCACGUGCCGCUGGGGAAGGACGUCCGUUACUUGCACUUCCUGGAGGGCACCCGGGACUACGAGUGGCUGGAAGCCCUGCUUCUGAACCAGACCGUGAAGGGAAAUAACUUUCACUGGUUCAGGCACCGGCCCCAGGAGGCCUUCCGGGAAGCCUUGCAUCUGGACCAGUACCUGCUGCUGCACCCGGACCUGCUCCGGUACAUGAAGAACAGGUUUUUGAGAUCUAAGACCCUGAACACCACUCGCUGGCGGAUAUACCGGCCCACCACUGGAGCCCUUCUUCUGCUUACCGCCCUGCAGCUCUGUGACCGGGUGAGCGCCUAUGGCUUCAUCACUCAGGGUCACGAGCGCUUCUCCGACCACUACUACGACAAGUCAUGGAAGCGCCUGGUCUUCUACCUGAACCACGACUUCAACCUGGAGAAAGCGCUCUGGAAGAAGCUGCAUGACGAAGGGAUCAUUCGACUGUACCAGCGCCCAGAGCCUCCGAAGUGA